AUGCUUCGAGAAAGCCUUGCUGAUCAUCUUCAGAACUGCAAUUCACUGUUGGAGUUUGAAUUUAAGAAACACAGGAAGAAUGUUCUCUUAGGGCUUAGUUGCAUUCACAACAAUGGAAUUAUUUACUGUGACAUCAAGCCUGGCAAUAUUUUCCUCGUGGGCAUGGACAAAACUGUCAAGAUUGGUGAUUUCGGGCUUUCCGUGACCUUGGAACAGGGCAUGAACCAAAAACAGGAAGUUAUCAGGGAAUACAAAGCGAAUAGAAUCGUGGCUGAGAAAGUGGAGGAGGUGACAGAGGUAGAUAUUGAUUUAUCAGCGGAGAGAACAGUGGCUGAGACGGUUGAGAAAAAGAUGAAGGAUAAUGGGGUGGAGGUAGGAACGGUGUUGGAGAAGGUGGAGGAGAAGAUGAAGGAGGAGGAGGAUGUGGAUACAAGGAAUCAGGCGGUGGCGGCAACAUAUAUGGAUUUCUCGACAGCAGAGGAGGAGGGAUGA